AGACACUGAUCCAGUGUCUCACUGAGGACCAGGUUCCUCUUUGGUUUUGUAAGGAGAGGCCGUGCAACUACAAACUCAUCAUGGCCAAACUAACACUCCUCACUGGACUGUCCGUUUUGAUGUGUCUUCAAAUGGUGUCAUCAACCAAACUGUUGUGCUACUUCACCAACUGGUCCCAGUACAGACCAGGCACUGGGAAAUACCUGCCGGCCAAUGUGGACCCCAAUCUCUGCACUCAUCUGAUCUACGCCUUCUCAAUGAUCAACCACAACAACGAGCUAGUCACCUACGAAUGGAACGAUGAUGUUCUCUAUCAGUCCUUCAAUGGGCUCAAGAACCAAAAUCCUGCACUGAAGACCCUGUUGGCAGUUGGUGGAUGGAACUUUGGGUCCAGUCAAUUCACCAUCAUGGUGUCAACACCUGCCAAUCGCCAGAAGUUUAUCCAGUCCUCCAUCAGUUUCCUGAGGAUGUACGGCUUUGAUGGCCUGGACCUGGACUGGGAGUACCCUGGAUCACGAGGGAGCCCCCCAGAGGACAAGAAUAGGUUCACACUGCUGUGCAGGGAGUUGCUUGAGGCAUUUGAGGAGGAGGCCACUGACACCAGGAGACCAAGGCUGCUGGUCACAGCUGCAGUGGCUGCUGGGAAGGGAAACAUUGACAACGGUUAUGAGAUUGCAGAGGUUGCAAAAUACUUGGACUUUAUCAAUGUGAUGUCCUAUGACAUGGGUGGAGCCUGGGACCCAUUCACACGCCACAACAGCCCCCUGUACCGUGGUGCUUUAGAUGGAGAGGAAGGAGAGCUCAAGUAUUUCAACGUUGACUUUGCCAUGAAGUACUGGCGGGACCAGGGCGCCCCUGUUGAGAAGCUGAUGAUGGGUUUCGCCACCUAUGGGCGCACAUUCCGCACUGUCUCAGGAGACAAUGGCGUCGGAGCCAUAACGAGUGGACCAGCCUCUGCUGGAACCUACACCCGUGAGGCCGGCUUCUGGUCCUAUUAUGAGAUCUGCACUUUUCUGAAUGGAGCAACUGUUGAGUUGAUUGAGGAUCAGAUGGUUCCCUAUGCCACCAAAGGAAAUGAGUGGGUGGGAUAUGACAACUGGGAGAGCUUUGAAAUAAAGGCACGCUAUCUAAAAGACAACAAGUUUGGAGGGGCCUUUAUCUGGUCUCUGGAUCUGGAUGACUUUGCCGGACAGUUCUGUGGACAGGGCAACUAUCCCCUGAUCAACCAUCUGCGUUCUCUUCUGGCCUCAGAUUUGCCACCCCUUCCUACCACAACACGUCCACCACCACUGCCAGCAACUACCACCAGCAGUGUACCCGCCACCACCUCCACCACCACUCCUCUGCCCGGCAGUGGCUUCUGUGGGGGGAAAGCUGACGGUCUGUACUGUAAAAAGGAAGACCCUAAUGCCUUCUACCAAUGCUUCAAUGGACACACCUACCUCCAGAAGUGCGCCACUAACCUUGUUUUCAACGAGAAAUGCAAGUGCUGUGACUGGAAUUUGUAGAACAUGAGCAUGGCAUAGGAGUUUUCUGAUAAUGUACAAAUUGCAGCCUGAGUAACUGAUAUACUAUGUUUACCUCAGUUUCAUGAUACCAAGGCUAGUUUACAUUUAAAUGAAAAAAGAUGUACUCCAAUUACAAUGGAAUAAUAAAAAGUGAGCAAAAAAUAAAGUAUUUGUGUAAUGUUUGUA